GGGCGCAGACCCUGGAUGGGCUGACACCACCCUCCAUGUGCCCGCAGUGGACCGCAUCGUGGGGCUGGACCAGAUGGCCAAGAUGACGGAGAGCUCGCUGCCCAGCGCCUCCAAGACCAAGAAGGGCAUGUUCCGCACGGUGGGGCAGCUAUACAAGGAGCAGCUGGGGAAGCUGAUGACCACGCUGCGCAACACCACGCCCAACUUCGUGCGCUGCAUCAUCCCCAACCACGAGAAGAGGUCGGGCAAGCUGGACGCCUUCCUGGUGCUGGAGCAGCUGCGGUGCAAUGGGGUCUUGGAAGGCAUCCGAAUCUGCCGCCAGGGCUUCCCCAACAGGAUCGUCUUCCAGGAGUUCCGCCAACGGUAUGAGAUCCUGGCCGCGAACGCCAUUCCCAAAGGCUUCAUGGACGGGAAGCAGGCCUGCAUCCUGAUGAUCAAAGCCCUGGAACUCGACCCCAACUUGUACAGGAUCGGGCAGAGCAAAAUCUUCUUCCGAACCGGGGUCCUGGCCCACCUGGAAGAGGAGCGAGACUUAAAGAUCACCGACGUCAUCAUGGCCUUCCAGGCGAUGUGUCGCGGCUACCUGGCCAGAAAGGCCUUUGCCAAGAGGCAGCAACAGCUGACGGCCAUGAAGGUGAUUCAGAGGAACUGCGCCGCCUACCUCAAGCUGCGGAACUGGCAGUGGUGGCGGCUCUUCACCAAAGUGAAGCCCCUGCUGCAGGUGACUCGGCAGGAGGAGGAGAUGCAGGCCAAGGAGGAUGAGCUGCAGAAGACCAAGGAGCGGCAGCAGAAGGCCGAGAGCGAACUCAAGGAGCUGGAGCAGAAACACUCGCAGGUACCAGAGGCCGAGGAGAUGCGAGUCCGGCUGGCAGCCAAGAAGCAGGAGCUGGAGGAGAUCCUGCACGAGAUGGAGGCCCGCCUGGAGGAGGAGGAAGACCGGGGCCAGCAGCUGCAGGCAGAACGGAAGAAGAUGGCCCAGCAGAUGCUGGACCUGGAGGAACAGCUGGAGGAAGAGGAAGCUGCCAGGCAGAAGCUACAACUUGAGAAGGUCACAGCUGAGGCCAAGAUCAAGAAACUGGAGGAUGAUAUUCUGGUCAUGGAUGAUCAGAACAAUAAGCUGUCAAAAGAGCGAAAACUCCUUGAAGAGAGGAUUAGUGACUUAACAACAAAUCUUGCAGAAGAGGAAGAAAAAGCCAAGAAUCUUACCAAACUGAAAAACAAGCACGAAUCUAUGAUUUCAGAACUGGAAGUGCGGCUGAAGAAGGAGGAGAAGAGCCGGCAGGAGCUUGAGAAGCUCAAGAGGAAGCUGGAUGGGGAGGCCAGCGACUUGCACGAGCAGAUCGCGGAACUGCAGGCGCAGAUCGCCGAGCUCAAGAUGCAGCUGGCCAAGAAGGAGGAGGAGCUGCAGGCAGCCCUGGGCAGGCUGGACGACGAAAUGGCUCAGAAGAACAAUGCCCUGAAGAAGAUCCGGGAGCUGGAAGGUCACAUCUCAGACCUCCAGGAGGAUCUGGACUCCGAACGGGCCGCUAGGAACAAGGCGGAGAAGCAGAAGCGGGACCUGGGGGAGGAGCUGGAGGCACUGAAGACGGAGCUGGAGGACACGCUGGACAGCACGGCCGCCCAGCAGGAGCUCAGGGCCAAGAGGGAGCAGGAGGUGACGAUGCUGAAGAAAGCCCUGGACGAGGAGACUCGGUCCCAUGAGUCCCAGGUGCAGGAGAUGAGGCAGAAGCACACACAGGUGGUGGAGGAGCUCACUGAGCAACUGGAGCAGUUCAAGAGGGCCAAGGCCAACCUGGACAAGAACAAGCAGGCGCUGGAGAAAGAGAACGCGGACCUGUCCGGAGAGCUGCGAGUCCUGAGCCAGGCCAAGCAGGAGGUGGAGCACAAGAAGAAGAAGCUGGAGGUGCAGCUGCAGGAGCUGCAGUCCAAGUACAGCGACGGGGAGAAGGUCCGGGCCGAGCUCAACGACAAGGUCCACAAGCUGCAGAAUGAAGUGGAGAGUGUCACGGGGAUGCUCAACGAGGCGGAGGGCAAGGCCAUCAAACUGGCCAAGGACGUGGCGUCCCUUGGGUCCCAGCUCCAGGACACCCAGGAGCUGCUUCAAGAAGAAACCCGGCAGAAGCUCAACGUGUCCACCAAGCUGCGCCAGCUGGAGGACGAGAGGAACAGCCUGCAGGAGCAGCUGGACGAGGAGAUGGAGGCCAAGCAGAACCUGGAGCGCCACAUCUCGACCCUGAACAUCCAGCUCUCCGACUCGAAGAAGAAGCUGCAGGACUUUGCCAGCACCGUGGAAUUCCUGGAAGAGGGCAAGAAGAAGUUCCAGAAGGAAAUCGAAGGCCUGACCCAGCAGUACGAGGAGAAGGCAGCUGCUUAUGAGAAACUGGAAAAGACCAAGAACAGGCUUCAGCAGGAGCUGGACGACCUGGUCGUCGAUUUGGACAACCAGCGACAACUGGUGUCCAACCUAGAGAAGAAGCAGAAGAAGUUUGAUCAGUUGUUGGCCGAGGAGAAAAACAUCUCUUCCAAAUAUGCGGAUGAAAGGGACAGAGCCGAGGCAGAAGCCAGGGAAAAGGAAACCAAAGCCUUGUCGCUGGCGCGGGCCCUGGAGGAAGCCUUGGAAGCCAAAGAAGAGCUCGAGAGGACCAACAAGAUGCUCAAAGCCGAGAUGGAGGAUCUGGUUAGCUCCAAGGACGACGUGGGCAAGAAUGUCCAUGAGCUGGAGAAGUCCAAGCGGGCCCUGGAGACCCAGAUGGAGGAGAUGAAGACCCAGCUGGAGGAGCUGGAGGACGAGCUGCAGGCGACAGAAGACGCCAAGCUGAGACUGGAGGUCAACAUGCAGGCCCUUAAAGUGCAGUUUGAGCGAGACCUCCAGGCGCGGGACGAGCAGAACGAAGAGAAGCGGAGGCAACUCCAGAGGCAGCUCCACGAAUACGAGACGGAACUGGAAGACGAGAGAAAGCAACGUGCCCUGGCGGUGGCGGCCAAGAAGAAGCUGGAAGGGGACCUGAAGGACCUGGAACUGCAGGCCGACUCGGCUGUCAAGGGGAGGGAGGAAGCCAUCAAGCAGCUGCGAAAACUGCAGGCUCAGAUGAAGGACUUCCAGAGAGAGCUGGAAGACGCCCGCACCUCCCGGGAUGAGAUCUUUGCCACAGCCAAAGAGAAUGAGAAGAAGGCCAAGAGCUUGGAGGCAGACCUCAUGCAGCUACAGGAGGAUCUAGCGGCGGCCGAGAGGGCUCGCAAGCAGGCAGACUUGGAGAAGGACGAAUUGGCCGAGGAGCUGGCCAGCAGCGUGUCGGGAAGGAACACGCUGCAGGAUGAGAAGCGCCGCCUGGAGGCCCGCAUCGCGCAGCUCGAGGAGGAGCUGGAGGAAGAGCAAGGCAACACGGAGGCCAUGAGUGACCGAGUCCGGAAGGCCACGCAGCAGGCGGAGCAGCUCAGCAACAGCCAAACACUAUCCUCAGGUGUUUGGCUGCGGGCUUCCCUGGUGGCCCAGGCUCAGAUGAAGGACUUCCAGAGAGAGCUGGAAGACGCCCGCACCUCCCGGGACGAGAUCUUUGCCACAGCCAAAGAGAAUGAGAAGAAGGCCAAGAGCUUGGAGGCAGACCUCAUGCAGCUACAGGAGGAUCUAGCGGCGGCCGAGAGGGCUCGCAAGCAGGCAGACUUGGAGAAGGACGAAUUGGCCGAGGAGCUGGCCAGCAGCGUGUCGGGAAGGAACACGCUGCAGGAUGAGAAGCGCCGCCUGGAGGCCCGCAUCGCGCAGCUCGAGGAGGAGCUGGAGGAAGAGCAAGGCAACACGGAGGCCAUGAGUGACCGAGUCCGGAAGGCCACGCAGCAGUCACGCACUGUGCAGAGAGGCCCUCCCCAUCUGAACCUUCCCUGCUUGCCCUAUGUGCGCAGAGAGAAACAGGCGACCGCCAAGUCACUGAAGCAGAAGGACAAGAAGCUGAAGGAGGCCCUGCUGCAGGUGGAGGAUGAGCGCAAGAUGGCAGAGCAGUACAAGGAACAGGCCGAGAAAGGAAACGUGAGGGUCAGGCAACUCAAGAGGCAGCUGGAGGAGGCGGAGGAGGAGUCCCAGCGCAUCAACGCCAACCGCAGGAAGCUGCAGCGCGAGCUGGACGAGGCCACGGAGAGCAACGAGGCCAUGGGCCGCGAAGUGACGGCGCUCAAGAGCAAGCUCAGGCGAGGGAACGAGACCUCUUUCGUUCCUACAAGAAGGUCUGGAGGACGCAGAGUUAUUGAGAACGCGGAUGGUUCUGAGGAGGAAAUGGACGCUCGCGAUGCCGACUUCAAUGGAACCAAAGCCAGUGAAUGAAUGACUUGCUCAAAACGGGACAGAACCAAACCCAGUGGACUUUGCUUAGCACCGUCUAAAUCCAUUUUCAAACUCCAAACAUCACAGACACCCCUCACGAUGAAUAUAAACACCGCCCUGCAUUCAGGGCAUCAUCUUAAGUUUGGAACGAGGUAUCAAAGGCGAAAAAUCCAACAGGUGACACAGACACACCCAUCCUCUCUGCCAAGAACUGUGCAGAGAUUUUUUGAAUUUUUAGAAAAAUAUAUCCACAGUAACUAAUCACUGGCAACUUAAUUUACAUGAAACGGGGAGAAAGUCACCACCAAGGUGGGUGCCCCUGCCCCUACUCCCCAACUUUCCUGCCCUGUGGACCCUUCCAUCGUCCUCAGCUGGGGGCGGGGGCCGGUUUGAGAAUUCCUCUUCCCUCCGGUUCCCACACGUCAGACGCACACAGUUCACUGAGACGAAGUGCCUUCUGUAGUCACGUGAGUUACAAAGGAGACGCUGCGCAAAGGCUAAGAGCAGGAAAUUCACACUGUUUUAUAUGCACUGACUGUACUUAAAGACACCCUCACUAAUAAAAGGUUAUAAAUCACUA